AUGGGUCCAAUACGAAACACUCGUAAGAAUGAUCAUUUUACAUUAUCCACCAAUAUCAAUAACUCAGAAAGAGAUAAACUUGAUCUCUAUUCUACAAUUGAUAAACAAUAUUCAACAGAUAAAAUUCAACGAACACCAAGUACAAUCAAUAAUAUGUCUACUAAAAUCGAUGAAGAUAAUUCUGAACAUGAUGAUUGUUUUAUUAAAUAUAAUUUUGUUUCAUCAUCUGAAGAAAAAAAUCAACGAAUAAAUGAAAGAAAUCGAAAAGAUGAAACAUCUAAAAUACAAACAGAAGAAGAAAAUCAAAAUGAUCAAGAUCAACCAGCAUAUUUAGUCGAAGAAAUCAAUACUAUAACAGCACUUAUUAUUUAUGAUAUUUAUUCAAAAAAACAUCGAUUUAAAUUUCAUUCAAAAUAUCAAGUUACAUCUCCAAAUUAUUUUUUUGAUAAUAUAGAUCGAUUCGAUUCUGUUUACUCAUGUUUAAUUGAUAAAAUAUUAUUAUUAAAAAAUAAAAAUUUUAAAAAAUCUAAUCUUCUACAAAAUUCUUUACGUAAUCGUUUUCUAAUUCUACCAAAUGUAAAUGAAUUAAAAAAUUUUCAACAAAAUGAACAAUUACGUGUUUAUAAAGAAAAACAAGCAGUUCUUAAUCGAGUACCAUUUAUUCCAAAUAUUUUAUCAUCUCAACGAACAUGUCCUUAUUAUAAUUUUGAUGAAAUGAAAAAAAUUCGAGAUCAACUUAGUUAG